AUGGCGGGUGUUUUGACGAUUCUCUCGGAGCAUCCUUCUCAUAUCCUGGCUAUUGCCUUGGGGACAGCCGUCCUCUGGCAACUCCUUCUAGCCGGCUAUAACCUCUUCCUACAUCCCCUCCGAAGGUUUCCCGGACCCGUCCUCCAACGAGCUUCACCUCUAAUCUGGGCCUGGCAACAUGCCACCGGCUACCAGGCCUUCCGAACCCAGCUCCUCCACGAUCGAUAUGGCCCUAUAGUCCGAAUUAGCCCAAACCACCUAUCCUUCACCGACGUGAAGGCUUGGAAGGACAUCUACGGCUUCCAGAUCGGCAAAGAGCUCACUGAGAACGAGAUCCCCAAGUCGCGACUCUUCUCCACGACGAUUAAGGAGCUUCCCACAAGCAUCAUCAACGCCGAGCGCGAAGAGCAUCAGCGGUACCGGCGUGCGCUAUCCCAUGGCUUCUCGGAUAGCUCCAUGCGGGCGCAAGAAGGGAUCAUAAUGAAGUACAUUGAUAAACUGAUCUCGCGCUUGCAUGAGAACUGCGAUGGGAAGGAUGCGCCGAUCAAUGUCGAGGCUUGGUAUAACUGGACCACAUUCGAUAUUGCUGGUGAUCUGAUUUUCGCACAAUCGUUUGGUUGUCUCGAUCGGUCGAAUUACCACCCGUGGAUUGCCUUCAUCUUCAAGACGAUCCGAUACAACGCCAUCAUGACGGCGAUGAAGUACAUUGGCCUCGACGCUGUUGUCCAGGGUCUCUUCAGGAUCGGCGGUCUUGCUGCGAUGAUGCAGUUGCGUGAGAGCACCGAUAAGAUGAUGCAAUCGCGUCUGGACAUGGAUCCUGACCGUAAGGACCUAUUUGAGGGGCUCUUAAGAAAGAAGGAAGAAUGGAACCUGUCGUUUGAACAACUAUCAGCCAACGGUCUCAUUCUCGUCCUUGCAGGCUCUGAGACGACGGCUACCACUCUAGCCGGCACGACAUAUCUUCUGUUGAGACAUCCCAAGGUCCUGCAAAAGCUCAAUGAAGAGGUCCGCGCCAGCUUUACUGACUCUAGUGAGAUCACCAUCAACUCAGUGAGCAAGCUGCCAUACAUGCUCGCUGUUCUCAACGAAGCUUUACGGAUGUAUCCUCCGGUGACGUCAAAUCUUAUUCGAGAAGUGCCGGAAUUUGGGUGUCAGAUUGGCUCGGAGCAUGUCCCUCAAGGAACUUUUGUCGAGAUUCAACAAUGGUCCGCGAACCACAGUCCGGAUAACUGGACCAAGCCCUGGGAAUUCAGACCGGAGCGCUUCUUAGAAACUAACAAAGAGGAACACAACCAUUUGGAUGCCCUCCAAGCAUUCAGCGUUGGCCCACGCAACUGCAUUGGGAAGAAUCUCGCAUAUGCAGAGAUGAGAUUGAUCCUGGCACGAAUCGUUUUUGACUUUGAUCUUCAACUUGCAGAAGGAAACGGGUCCUGGAUACAGAGGCAGAGAGCAUUCGGCCUGUGGGAUAGGAUUCCGCUGAAUGUCUACUUGAAGCCAGUAGCUCGUGGAACUCGCGCAUGA